CUAGCUGAUUGCCCUGUAGUUCUAAAGAAGAUGGCGGCUCGCGGCGCGUUUCAGACGGCGCAGACAGGCGGGAGCGGUCCAGUACCGGCGGCAGGGCCAGGACCUGGACCUGGAGCGGGAGCUGCACCGGGUACACCAACCGGUAGGAUGGCACAGGUGCCAGGAGCCCCCAAUCAUCUAUACCGCUCCCCCAUGCCAGGACCAGGAUACCCGCGUCCUGGAAUUCCCCCGGGUAGCAGAAUGACCCCACAAGGACCUGCCAUGGGGCCGCCAGGGUAUGGCACCAGCCCAGUGUCUCGUCCUGGCAUGCCACAAUCGGUAAUGGAUCAGUCCCGUAAGAGGCCAGCACCCCAACAGAUUCAGCAAGUGCAGCAGGCAGCCCAGAAUCGCAACCAGCAUGCUAAAAAGAAGAAAAUGGCUGAUAAAAUUCUACCUCAAAGGAUCAGAGAACUGGUCCCUGAAUCCCAGGCUUACAUGGACCUUUUAGCUUUUGAAAGAAAACUGGACCAAACAAUCAUGCGCAAGAGACUUGACAUUCAAGAGGCCCUCAAACGGCCUAUUAAGCAAAAGAGAAAGCUCAGAAUUUUCAUCUCAAACACUUUUAACCCAGCCAAGCCUGAUGCAGAGGAUGGAGAGGGAACUGUAGCCUCUUGGGAGCUGCGAGUUGAAGGGCGCCUCCUGGAGGAUACGGCUGUUUCUAAGUAUGAUGCAACAAAGCAGAAACGGAAGUUUUCUUCUUUCUUCAAGUCUCUUGUGAUUGAGCUGGACAAGGAUCUUUAUGGGCCAGACAACCACCUGGUGGAGUGGCACAGAACAGCCACAACACAGGAGACUGAUGGGUUCCAGGUCAAAAGACCAGGUGAUGUUAGUGUAAGGUGCACAGUACUGCUAAUGCUGGAUUACCAGCCUCCCCAGUUUAAGUUGGACCCACGCCUUGCUCGAAUGCUUGGCAUCCACACGCAAACGAGACCUGUCAUCAUUCAGGCUUUGUGGCAAUAUGUUAAGACUCAUAAGCUGCAGGAUCCCCACGAGCGGGAGUUCAUCAACUGUGACAAAUACCUCCAUCAAAUUUUUGAGACUCAGCGAAUGAAGUUUUCUGAAAUUCCACAACGACUCCAUGCCCUGUUGAUGCCACCAGAGCCCAUCAUCAUAAACCAUGUGAUCAGUGUCGACCCCAAUGAUCAGAAGAAAACUGCCUGUUAUGACAUUGAUGUGGAAGUGGAUGACACACUUAAAACACAGAUGAACUCCUUUUUGCUGUCCACCGCAAGUCAACAGGAGAUUGCUGCUCUGGACAACAAGAUUCAUGAGACCAUUGAAACAAUUAACCAACUGAAGACCCAAAGGGAGUUCAUGCUGAGCUUUGCCAGGGAUCCACAAGGGUUCAUCAAUGAUUGGCUGCAGUCACAGUGCCGGGAUCUGAAGACCAUGACUGACAUUGUGGGUAACCCGGAGGAGGAGCGCCGAGCUGAAUUUUAUUUCCAGCCUUGGGCUCAAGAAGCAGUCUGUAGAUAUUUCUACUCUAAGGUUCAGCAGCGAAGACAAGAGCUGGAACAGGCGCUGGGCAUUAGAAACACAUAAGCAUAUAGCACACAUGUCCUGGCCCCUAAUUGAUGGGUGGAGAGUGGUCUCAAGAGAGUGGGGCUCGGCCAGUCAUUCAUGGGAACGGACCAUUUCAGGGAUACGCAAAUUUGCACAGGCUUCGGUCAGUGGUGGUUCACACAGGUUUGGCUAGGUCCAAGGGGAAGUACGUUCACUUUCAUUGGCACUCUUGCACACAGAUGUUGGUGCAGAAGUGGCUCCAUCUAGGAUCAGUAGCCUGCUGUAUGACAGGGAGAAGUACCAAGAACAGCAGCCUUACCUCUACCUUAGUUUUAUUUGUAUUUUAGUAGCUGCUGCUUGUUGACCUAUCACUAGACUGUAUGUCUUCACAUUUGCAGAACAAUUUUUGCGUCCCCUUACUUCUUAUCCCCAAACCCCCCUCCCCAUCCUGUAGACACUAAGUGAGAAUCUUGCUGGGCAAGCAGUUUGAGUGAAACUUGUUAAACUGACAUGGGAUCCCCAUUAAUUGGGGAUUACUUCUCAUAGAUUCUUAUUUAAAGUUAUCUUUAACAUGUCCAUUUUCUUUCUCCUUUAAUUAACUAAAGUUCUCUAUAGCCUUGCCCCCCUCUUCCUUUGUUUUUUUUAAAGCAGCUAUUCCCAGAGCCUUAUGCUUCACAGGACACACAGAUAAGCCAGGGAGUCAAAAUGUCAUCACAGUAGUAGUUUUCCUCUGUGGAAUACAUUUAGCAGAUAUUUGUCCUGUUGCCCAAAAAAAGCUCUGGCAACCCUUUUGAUCUCCAUAACAGCCUUCAUCACACAGCUCACCGCUCCCACGUUUGUGUUAUGUGGCUGCUGAGAAAUGGCACCACCUUCCGACACCAAAUGAAAGCUAACAAUGCAAUAAGAUCAGCCUUCAAGUUUCUGCUUUUUACACCAAUUAUUGCAAACAGCCCUAAACUAUUAGGAUCAUCUCUAAAAAGUAUGAAUGUGAGGUCAACCUCUGAAGUCUCCUAACUACCUUCUCUCAACCAGUUGCUGUUUAGUUCAGGCCAGUUAGGUAGUUUGUGUGGCAGCGAAGGCCACUGCAUAGGGUAGGACUCAAAAAAGUCGGGCAAUUUGUAACCCCUGCUGUCUACAUAUUUAUAAAGUUAUGAGUUAUUUGUAGGUGUAGAUCCCCCCCUUCUAAACUUAAGGACCAAAUUAUUUUUCAUCUGAUUUGUAUUUGCUGUAUGUGUUACCCAUGUUUUAAUAAAGGCGACCAUUAAAGUC